UGUGUGUGUGUGUGUGUGUGUGUGUGUGUGUGUGUGUGUGUGUGUGUGUGUGUGUGUGUGUGUAUCUGAGGAUGAGUGGAGGUAAAAAGAGGAGUGGCUUCCAGAUCACCAGCGUGACGUCAGACUUCAACCAAUCAUCUGCGAGCGUGUCUCAGGGCAGCUCCUCCCAGCCGACCACGCCCUCUCCGAAGAGGAAGUUUGGCUCCCAUGAUGCAACGGGGCAGGGGUCCCGGUUCCGGGUGGUCCGGCUGGCGGUGGGCGCGGCCAGCGGGCGCGGCGAGACGACUCGGCGCGGCCGGUGGACCUGCACCGACUUCCUGGAGCCGCAGGACGGCUUCAGACGCGUCAGGGACUCCAUGAGACACGCCCACUCGCUGGAGUCCCUGGAGCUGAUUGGCCGGGACGCAGACAGGGGCGGGGCCUACUCCCAGCCCUACACCCAGGAGCCAAUCAGAGGCGGAGUCUACUCCCAGGAGCCAAUCAGAGGCAGGGCGGGGCUUGUUCUGCAGAGCGGGCCGCCCUCUCCCACCCACCCGGGGCCAAACGUCCGUAUCCUGGCAGCGGCGGGGUUAGACUCCGCCCCUCCCCCGCCAUCGCCACGCCCACGAAACGUCCCUCCGCCUCUACGAUUGGACAGGGACUCUGCAGGACGGUCUGUCCUCAGGCUGUCUCACUCUCAGCCCAGCUCCCCCCCCGCCGGGCCGUACCAUCCCACUCUGACCCCCAAUCACACUCCAGCUGCCUUCAGUCUGGACCAGACCUUCUUCAACCUGCCGGGGGACGACAGUAGUUCCAGUAACAGCCUGAUUGCCAUCGACAACAAAAUUGAACAGGCCAUGGACCUGGUGAAGAGUCACCUGAUGCUGGCUGUCCGAGAGGAGGUGGAGCUUCUCAGGGAACAAAUCAGAGAUCUGCAGGAGAAGAACCAGCAGCUGCAGAGAGAAAACCACAUCCUGAGAACUCUUACACACAACACACACAAUCUACACAACACAUGACACACACAACACACACAAUGUACACAAGCUGCACAACACAUGACACA